AUGCACAUCCGGGAGAUCGUCCUGGAGGGGUUCAAGACCUACCAGAACCGCACGGUGGUGGAGGACUUCGACCCCCAGUUCAACGCCAUCACCGGGGAGAACGGCUCCGGCAAGUCCAACAUCCUGGACGCGAUACAGUUCUUGUUGGGCUCGAGCAACAAGGAGAUGCUGCGCUUCAAGGCGGGUGUGCACGAGUUGAUCUACAAGGAGGGCCACGCGGGCGUCACCCAGGCCAGCGUGACCAUCACCUUCGUGCUGCCCCCCGAUCCGAAGGACCGGCCGCUAGAGUACGAGUCGUGCAGCGAGCUGGUGGUGAGCCGGCAAGUGACCCGAGACAAGCAGAAGUUCUUCAUCAACGGGGUGACCUCCCGGCUCAACAAGGUGAAGCACCUCUUCCAGAGCAUGCAGCUCAACAUCGACAACCCGCACUUCCUGAUCAAGCAGGGGCAAAUCACCCACAUCAGCAAGAUGAAGCCCCUCGAGGUGCUCGGCAUGAUCGAGGAGACUGCCGGCACAUCCUUCUACAACAAGACCAAGGCCGAGUCCGAGGGGCUCAUCCGCCGCAAGGAGGAGAAACUCCGCGCCAUCAACGAUGUCCUCAAGUCCACCAUCGUCCCCCACCUUGACCGCCUUCGUGAAGAGAAGGAGGUCUACAUGGUCUGGAAGAAUGGCCAGCUCGCCCUUGAACGCAUGACUCGAGAUGUUCGUCUCUAUGAGUUUUGCGCCAAGGAGCGCAAGCUGCAGGCUCGCCGCCAGGAACUCGCUGCCGGGGCACAGCGGCAAGAGGCUCGAAGUGGAGACCUCCAACAAGCCGCCUACAUGCUCGAGACACUCACAGGACAGCUGAACCGCCUGCAGGAGGAGCGCGGACAGGUCCGAGAAGUCAAAGAAGGCCGUGCCUCCCUCCGUUACGAGGAGAGGAGGGUGGCAGUCAAGAACCUGCGAGUACGGGUUGGCAAGCUGGAGACCGACCUGGGACAGAACCAGGAGACUGUCUUCCAGAUGGACAACGAUCUCAAGGCUGUCCAGAUAAAGGCUGCGUUCGCCAAGGAGCAGUACGAGAAGGCGGCUGCUGAAGAGGAGAGCAUCGCGGCGCUGGGGCACAAUGCAGAGGCCCACGAGAAGCAGCUGCGGAAGGCCGUCCGCGAGACCGAGCAGGAACUGGGCACCCUUCGGAUGAAGCGGGAUUAUCUGGCCCAGGAGGUUCAGAAGCAAACCGAAAUCAGGCAGCAGUUCGAAACGGACAAGAAGGAAAGCCGGAAGCCUCUGGUGUCCACCGGCCCUCUCGAAGAGGAAGAGCGCAGGCUGCACCACCUACUCGACGGCAUCUACGCCAAGAACUUCCGACUGAAGCUGAGCUACAAGACGCCUUCCUCGCCAAGCUUCAGUCAUAAGCAGGUCUACGGCAAGGUGAUGAUGCUGCUCACGGUGAAGGACCGCAGCCACAUGAGGGCCAUCGAGAUCGGCGCGGGGGGCAAGCUGGGCAACAUUGUCGUCGAGGACGAGCAGGUGUCCGGGCUGCUGCUGGAAAGCAGAGCCUUCAGCUAUGCGGUCAGCAUCCUCCCUGAGUCGAAGAUGCGACCGAAUUCUUUGUCUGAGGAUCUGGUGCGGCAGGCCAAAGCCAUCGCUGAGCAACACAAGGGCAUGGCUGAAGUGGCUGCCAACCUGAUAACCUUCCCGGACAAGGCCGCCCGCUCGAUGCAGACCAUCUUCGGCAGGUGGCUGGUCUGCAGCAACGAAGCCAUCGCCAGGAAGAUCGCAUUCCACCAGAACCCUGCCCUUCGGGCCAAGUGUGUGACUCUUGAGGGAGAAAUAAUCGAUCCCUCGGGUACGAUGACCGGCGGCUAUCGGCAUCCGGGCGAGUUUCUGCUGGGACUCUGCGAAGAUGCGAAGACUGCCCUCGAGCAGUUGGAGAGGACCGAGCUCAACACUUUCCGGCGCGAGGAGGAGGACCUGCAGGCUGACUGCACCAAGGUAGGCAAGUACAUGGCCGAUCUUGAGGCUGACCUCCGCGGCAACCGCGAAUCCCUGGCGCGGCAGGAGGAGGAGCUUACCCACCUGCAGCGCGAGAAGGAGGCUGAGCGAAGGGCAGAAGACCUGAAGAAAGAAGAGAAGGAAGCCCAAGAUCGUCUGGAAAAGGGGCGGAACGAAGUCACCCGGCUGGAGGAGGAGCUGGCUGGGCUGGCAAAGUUCGGGCAGGAGUACGGCCAGCUGGAUGAGGCCGCGAAGGAGGCGAUCUGGGAAAUCCUCAAGAAGAAGGUGAACAUCCACUACGAGGCUGGCGAGAACAAGCUGGAGCAGCAGUUCGAGGACCUCAUCGAGAAGCGCAAGAUCCUGGAGGGGGACAAACACACCCUCUACCGCAACAUGCAGGAGCUAGAUGACAAGCGCAAAGAGACCCUCGAAAACUGCUACACCCGGGUGCGGCACAGCCUUGGACUGAUCUUCUCGGACCUGCUUCCCGGCGCCAAGGCCACUCUGCGCAGGCUGGACGAAGACAUCACCAAGGGCUGCGAGCUGGAGGUGGAGCUCAACGGCAUCAAGAAAGUGCUGGGCGAGUUGUCGGGCGGACAGCGGUCCUUGCUGGCACUGUCCUACAUGCUAGCCCUGCUGCAAUACAAGCCUGCGCCCUUCUACAUCCUAGAUGAAAUCGACUCUGCACUGGACCUGUCCCACACCGAAAACAUCGGGCACAUGAUCCGGAACCACUUCCCGCAGAGCCAGUUCCUGCUGAUCUCGCUGAAGGAAGGCAUGUACCAGAACGCCCGCGUGCUCUACCGCGUGCGCUUCCACGAGGGCGAGUCCAAAGUCGAGCGGCUCCAGAACCGGCGCAAGAAAUGA